CCAUCAAUGUCAAUGUCAUAUCGUGACACUUGGUGACAGGUACCACAGUGGUACAGCCUAGGCAAACAAAAACAAAAUAAAUAAAGAAUAGAACUAAUUUUUUAAAGUAUCUUCUUACUCUAAUAAUUUAUACUGGAUUAAUAGGGAAAACAUGGACUUGAAAACAUUUUCUGAAGAGGAUUUCAAUCCUAAGAAAUGGAUAAACAAAGCUUGGAGCUCCAGCGGGAAUCAGGAUAAAGAGGUGUUUGUGGCGAAUACUGUCACGAGACUACAACUUUAUAUGAAACAGUUGACAAACUCCUUAGACGAGACUACUACACAGAUAGUAACAUCAGUGCCCCGAAUCCUUCAAGCGGCUUCAGCGCUUCAAGUAGACGGUGCGCUGUUACAGCAGCGCUUGGAUUCGCUGGAGAAGAAGCUGCAGGGAGUGGAACAGCAGACGGGGAACUCUAUCGAGAGUCUGCAGAGGAUUGAUCGCUUGAAGAGUAGACUUGAGACCGCAGCAUCAGCUCUGCGCGAGGCGGACAAGUGGGCGGCGCUGGCUACGGCCCUGGAGGAAGUGCUGGAAGCGGGCGUGCCCACUCAGAGAGAUAAGUUGGCCGAGUUGUCGGAGCAAGUCGCCGCUAUGACUGCCAGCUUGGAGGUACUGAGCGAAGCGCCGGAUUAUGACAACAAGAGGAUACAACUGGAGACUCUGUACAAUAGGCUGGAAGCGGCCGUAACGCCGCCCCUGAUAGAGGCCCUCACUCGUAUGGACGCUGAGAGUACGUCAACAUACCUGGCCUUAUUCCGCGGCAUGGGCCGAGCGGUGUCUGUGUGCAGAUGCUGGCGGCGGGCCGCGGCCGCCCGCCUGGCCAACAGGUGGAGAGCCCUGGACUCGCACUCCGUUGGAGCCCUGAGUCGGAUGCUGGCGGGGGAGGCGAAUAAACAGGUGGAUUGGUUGACCAAUGUACUGAAAUCUGACACGCCGAUAGCUGAGCUACUGAGGCUGUACACAGAUCUAUUGCUGUCCCUGGAGCCGACUCCUACUUUGGUGGUCUCAGCGAAUUUGAAGCUGUGUUCCACGCCACAAGAGGGCAUGGUCUUACUAACGGACCUGAAGGGUGAUAUUGACGAGUUCAUAUCCUGCAUCAGGGGGAUUAUUGAUGCGCCCAGGCAGAAUAAAGAAACUCUCCUGCCAGCGACAAUACGUGAACUGGGAAGAGCAACUUACGCCCCGCUCCGGGAACUUCUGCCGAAGUACACUGAGCUGCAAACGAGGCUGCUCCUCGACCAUUUGGAAGAUCCGCAGCUGUUGCAGACGGACAAUUUGGUGGAACAUUCGAGAACGAUUCUCUCCCUGGCUGAAAGGUCGGAGGGCUGGUUGGAGUCAGCUUACAACAGAGCGAAGAAGAUCGCCGGCCUCGCCGCGUACCCCUUCUACGUGCCGGCUGUGGAGAAUUUCAUCCAAUCGCUGACCAGCGUAAUCUUCGCUCACCACCGCCGCAUAGACGCGAUGUUCCGAGCUACAGUGUCGAGCGGGCGCGCGGCGGGCGUGCUGUCCGCCAUGUUCCCCGCCGCGCUGCUGUUAGAGUCUGCUGUCGCAGUGUUGCUGGACACGGCGGCUGCUAGGCGGAAGAUCGAGCUAGAAGAUGAAGAACCAGCGGAACAACACCAGCUGUCAGAUCUCGCUGCCCUGGUGCUGGAAGCGGACUCGCGCCAACAACUUGCGAGACUGAGGGCGCAGCCCCCGGCCUUCGCUGACCUGUGGAGGGCCAAGGACCAGCUGAGAGCCCUGGCCAGGGCCAUCUUGAGGAACCCCAUUGAUGUUAUACUAGACGAGAUCCCCCAGCUGCCGGUGUGGAAUAACAAUGACGCCCUGUCCACUGAUCUGCCCGACUUCGCUAUUUCACCACAGGAGUACAUCACUAAGAUUGGCCAAUACCUGAUGACGUUGCCCCAUCAUUUGGAGAUGCAUCUUACAGAAAAACAGGCGCCGUGGCAGUUCCUCGCCGAGAUUUGCACGCACACAUGCGACAUUUACGCUGAGAAAUUGCUGAACAUCAGGAAUAUGGACGCGCUGGGUACCAAACGUUGUCUCACCGAUAUAGUAUACCUGUCGAGUGUGGUGGAAGACCUGGGUAGCAGCAUCACGCCGUCACUCAAGAAUUUGGAGAAGUCACUCAGGGCGGCCACUCCUGCGCAGAACGAGGGAGCAUAGGAAAGAUAUAAUAAAAAGUUAAAUUUAUCAAAUAAAUUAGAAAAGAUAGAAAAAGGAGAUGAUCAGCUUUAAAAACAUCUGCAUCUUACAAAUUCAGAGAUCACUUUGUCAAGUACGAAUUUUUAAUUAUAAAAUUACUAUGUAUAAGUUUCUGUAAGAAGCAUUUCUAUAUAUGUAUAAUACUUAAUAGUACAUACGUACUAAACUUAUUUAAACAAGAGCCAAUCUCAUUGGCGAAGCGAAGAGUCUAAAUCGCGCAAGCAAAGUUUAUCGGCGACACUUCGCGCGGUUCUUCGGGCAUCACACCAGACUAGAGGAAGAUCUUCCUAUUGGUCGAGCCAUAAUCAUCGCUCCCGCUACGAGUAGUUUUAAAAGCGAUCCUAUAUAUUAUAGUGUAUAAAGUUGCAAUAAAAAUUAUAUUUAAAACACCGGUUGGGUUGUCUCAUGGUGGUACUCGUGAGACGGCAUUGUAUUCAAAGAAUUAAAGGGUACAAUU